AUUCUUGGUUCCCAAUUUCUGUCCUCUCAUCCUAUCCAUAAGAGAUAGUCUGUCUUGAUCAUGGGUUUCAAUUCGGUCUAUAGAAGCUUGCAGGAGAUAUUUCCACAGGUUGAUGCCCGGUUACUGAGGGCUGUUGCAAUUGAACACCCAAAGGAUGCUGAUAUAGCUGUUGGAAUUGUUCUUGCAGAAGUCAUCCCGUUCAUAUCCAAAAAAUUACCUCCUGCAACUGUACAGGACAACAACCAUGGAGCCCCACUAAAUGUUGAAGUUGAAAGCGAGGAGGAAUGCAAUAGGUUGAGGCACCAUCAGCUUGUUGAUGACAUAGAUGUGGGGCCUUCUUCUGCUCCACAUUCUAUAUCUGUAGAAAUUACCAAAUCUGCUGAUCAGUCUUUUGGACUGAAUCUGAAUGUGGCUCUGGACAAGUCUACAUUGUCAAAUGGCAGUAAUUCAAAUGAGGCUACUGAUAAAUUUAUUGGAAUGGAUGAUAAGGAGCUAAAUGUUUUUCAGAAUGCUGAAGAUAACUUUGAUGAAGAGACUUUAAACAAGAUUGCUCAGGAGACGUCAAAUGAAUUUAGUCAGGAAGAUAAUGAAAAUUUUGGUCAGAGACAACUUCAAGCUGAUGUUGAUUGUGAAAAUUUGACUUCUUCUGGUAUAUGUCCAGAGAUGGAAAAUGGGCAUAAUUACCUUAGCAAGGAGGCUGCUGCCACUAAUAACAAUGGCAAUAUAAUUGGAAACCAUUUAACCGAAGAGUGGGUAGAGUUUGUAGUUCCUUCAGCUGAUGAUUACGAUGCCACUACAAGUCACAGAAUGGAAGAAUGCCAAAUAAACUUCUUUGGGGUGGAAAUUUCUGGGGAUCAAGAAGUUUGUCAUGUUCAAGAGAAUACACUAAAUUCUAAAGAUAGUGUUCAAUCAGAAUUGGAUGCUGCUUCUUCUAGUGCUGGUGGUAAAACAAGUGAUGUUGAAUAUGAUAUCGGUGGGAAGAAUGCAGUUAGCCAAUAUAGUCAAGUAUGCAGGAUUGAUCAGCUUGAGGAAAUCAUUGAUGAGGCAAAAACUAACAAGAGAACCUUGUUUUCAUCAAUGGAAUCUCUUAUCAACUUAAUGAGAGAAGUGGAACUUCAGGAGAAAGCUGCAGAGCAGGCCAAUAUGGAGGCUGCUACAGGAGGGUCUAAUAUUCUGGCCAGGAUAGAAGAGUAUAAAACAAUGCUGGUGCAAGCUAAAGAAGCAAAUGACAUGCAUGCAGGAGAAGUUUAUGGAGAAAAAGCAAUUCUUGCGACUGAACUGAAGGAACUUCAAUCACGCUUGCUCAGCUUGUCUGAUGAAAGGGAUAAAUCUCUUGCAAUUCUUGAUGAGAUGCGCCAAAUUCUUGAAGCUAGACUAGCUGCAGCAGAAGAUUUGAGGAAAGCAGCUGAGCAUGAAAAGCUGGAAAAGGAAGAAUUAUCAAGACAGGCUCUUGUUGAACAGGAAGCACUGGUGGAGAAGGUACUACAUGAAUCUGGAAGACUACAGCAGGAGGCAGAAGAGAAUUCAAAGUUGCGGGAAUUUUUGAUGGAUCGCGGGCGCGUUGUUGAUAUGUUGCAAGGAGAAAUAUCUGUUAUUUGUCAGGAUAUUAGGCUUCUUAAAGAGAAAUUUGAUGCAAAUCUUCCGUUGAGUAAAUCUUUCACCUCAAGCCAGACUACUUGCAAGUUAGCUUCAUCAGGUUCGUCCCACAAAAGCUUGGCAUCCUCGAUUGCAAGUGAUUCAUCUGAGAUCGGGAAGGCAAGCCGGACAGCCUCGAUUGAAAGCCUUCAUUCCAAAAGUGGACACGCUGAGGAAAAAUCCAAAGCUGAUCAGAAUGCCCUUGAUGAUGGAUGGGAUAUUUUUGAGAAAGAUGCAGAGCUGAAUUCCGGAUAUUACUGACUUUUUGUUUUGCUGAGAGGGGGAAAAAACAUAGGAUUUGGUACUAUUGUGUAUACAACAAAAUAAACCUUAGAAUCCUUGGAUGUCACUGAUUAGUUGCGAGCUAGUUAUGUUUUGCUUUAUGUUUCAGUAGAAUACUAGCAUUUAAUGCACAACUUUUGUAUACGUCCUCUCGAGGUCGGGUUCUCGUUGUUUUCCAGAUUUUGUAUAGAAAACGUAAUGGGCAUGACUUCAGUUCUUUCCA